CACCUGUCUCCAACGCAAUACUCGGAGAUUCGAUCCCUCUCUCUUUUUCUUUCUCUUAACUUGAAUUUAGUAGUUGCUGCAUAACUUGCAGGUCUAGGUUCACUUCUAUAGAGCGGCUCUCUAGUGCUUUUUACAAGGCAGCCAGUGAGCUACUUCUCAUGGGAAAAACUCUCUCCAAACCCGGUCCAGCUCCCCAAAAAAUGGACCUAAGAGAAUUGAUCGCCAACCAGACCAGCGUCGCUCUUUCUCUCUCCAAGCAGCUCCUCUUGACCGGGGCCAAGGACUCCAACCUCGUCUUCUCUCCCCUCUCUAUCCACGUCGUGCUCAGCCUCAUAGCCGCCGGCUGCACGGGGCCCACCCAGAAUCAGCUCCUCUCUUUCCUCAAGACAAAAUCCACCGACCACCUCAACUCCUUUGCUUCUCAGCUCAUCACCGUUGUGCUGGCCGACGGCAGUGCCGCAGGUGGGCCCAAGCUGUCUUUCGUGAACGGCGUUUGGAUCGAUAAGUCGUUGCCUCUCAGGCCUUCUUUCAAACAGGUAGUGGACGCGUCUUAUAAAGCGGCCACUAAUCUUGCCGAUUUCAAAACCAAGGCUAUUGAGGUGACCAGCGAGGUUAAUACGUGGGCUCAGAAGAAGACCAGUGGCCUUAUAAAGGAGGUUCUCCCAGCUGGCUCAGUUGACGGUACAACCCGACUCAUUUUUGCGAAUGCCCUCCACUUCAAAGGCGCUUGGAAUGAAAAGUUCAACUCUUCGAAAACAAGGGACAACGACUUUUUCCUUCUUAAUGGGAGUUCUGUUCAAGUUCCCUUCAUGACUAGUAAGAACAAGCAGAUCCUCCAGGAAUAUGACGGAUUUAAAGUCUUGGGACUUCCUUAUAAGCAAGGGAAGGACAGGCGUCACUUUUCAAUGUACUUAUUUCUCCCAAAUGCAAGGGAUGGACUCCUAGCUCUCGUGGAGAAAAUCAGUUCUGAAUUUGACUUCUUGGAUCGCCAUCUGCCUCACAAAGAGGUGGAAGUGGGAGAAUUCCGAAUCCCGAAAUUCAAGAUAUCCUUUGGAUUCGAAGCUUCAAAAGAUCUGAAGAAGUUGGGAUUGGUAUUGCCGUUUUUAGGCCAAGGAGGAUUAAUGGAGAUGGUGGACUCCCCUGAAGGCCGAAGUCUCUAUGUCUCAAGCAUAUUUCAUAAAUCCUUCAUCGAAGUUAACGAAGAAGGAACAGAAGCAGCCGCCGCUUCUGCUGGGGUUGUUACUCUGAGGAGUAUUGAUUUACCGGAGAAGAUAGACUUUGUCGCCGACCACCCAUUCUCGUUCCUGGUGAGAGAAGACACGACCGGAGCGAUUUUGUUUCUGGGUCAGGUGCUCAAUCCGCUAGCCGGAUGAUCAUAUGUGGAUUAAGAGCAUUUGUAUUCCUAACUAGAUAUGAACUAACAUGAGAGGUUGUAUGGUUUAUUGCAUACGUGUGAUGUCUUAAUCUAAUAAUGCACAAUUACAAAACGCCAA